CUGUAUCUCAUUUGUAGCUGUAGUAUAUCACUGCCAAUCCAAACUAUUUUCAGCAUUGUGAACACGUUACGCGCAGCACUGAGUGCAGCGGGCUGGGCACUUUGGCGGGCGCUGAUCGGUCCGACGGCCGAGGAGGAAGAAGCAGCCCGCCUUGAAGCAAUUCGACGACAAGAAAGAGAAUUUCAUGAAUUUAUACGACAACAAAUUAUAUGUCUAAUAAUCUUCAUUUCACUAUAUCUGUUAUCCUAUUGGAUCAUUUCAUUGUUCAAAUCGAAAUCUGACAACGACUCAUUAUAUGCCGGUGAUGAAGACUACUUUGUAUAUAGAAUUAGUGUAUGGAUGUGUUCUGCCUCAUUAGCAGUGUCAAUCGGGUCUAUAGCACUGUUACCAUUUUCAGUUGUUAGCGCAGAAUUGCUUCAACGAUAUCCGGACAACUACUACUUGCAGUGGAUGUCGUGGUCGUUAAUAAAUAGCUUAUGGAACUACGUGUUUGCACUUUCGAAUCUCAGUCUCUUCGUAUUAUUACCAUUUAGUUAUUUCUUCAUUGAAUCGCAGGGUUUCAGUAAGAACAAUAAUGGUAUCAUGCAACGAGUUUACGAGACGCUUGCAGUAUGUGCUUUACUCAUUGUUGUUAUUUUAUGUCUGGGAGAUGUUGUGUUGACGUUGUUAUCGUCAUCGGUUUCCCUCAUCAGUAUAACUUCUGUAAAUCUGCCACUCAUCUACUCUUUUGUAUCGUUUGCCGGUGUUAUGUUAUUGCUUUUGUCGACUCCGAUUGGAUUUGCAAAAAUGUUCAGUAUCGUUGGUGAAAUGACAAUGAACUCGAUAUCGAUCCCCGAUCAGGACGACAUUGUAGUGGAUCGCCUAGAGAAGUACUGUGAAGCCAGGAAGAUGAAUAAAUAUGGGACGAAUAACAAUAUUCACAAGGGCAGCUUUGGUGAGUAUUAG